AUGGCGAAGAACCAGCUCCUCAUCGUCCUCCUGGUUGUGGCCGCCUCCUUCGCGGCCUCUUCUGCUGCUCGCAACAAGAUCAGCACCAGGGCCACUCCAACGGUAUACGAGAUGCUGGCGAACUACGACUUCCCGCCGGGCAUCCUCCCGGAGGGAGUGCAGAACUACACCCUCAACGCAGACGGCUCCUUCGACGUGUUCCUCCCCAGCGCAUGCGAGAUCGACGUCUCCAGCUUCAAGCUCCAGUACGAGAGCACCAUACACGGGAGCAUCAAGAACAUGGUGAUCGACGAGCUGCAGGGGGUGAGCGUGAACGUUGCGGUAACACGGGUGGGCAUCACCGGCGUCGACCGGGACGGCGACGACCUCAAGUUCGACGCCGGCGUGAUAUCCAAGUCGUUCCCCGUCGGCACCUUCGCCGUCAGUCCCUACUGCAGCUCAUGAGGCCUCGGUUGUCCAUGAUGGGGCCUAUUCACAUGUGUGGCGUGUGUUCAUUUACCUUGCAUGUAUUGUAUAUAUGGCUUGCU